AUGGGAUUUUAUCGUCGCUAUUUCCGUGCAUGUAUUAAGCUCUUGUGAUGAUAUUUCAUAUGUAAUCACAAUUUCGAUCAAAUUGGGUCGUGAAUCGCCACAAUAAAUCGUCACAAUAUAGCGUCUUCGAUAUCGUCAGGCUAUUCCUUGUGAUUUUUGAAUCGCAACACUUGACGAUCAAAGAAUAUCGAUACUCUAUGUGUACAAAGUAGACUAAAGAUUUAAUAAUCACAGUGACCAUGGUAGUCACCAAUUAAUAAAACCAUUUACCGUUACGGUUAAAAAGCAGUAAGAGUUGGCAAACGAUUAUUUAUUUUGAUCAUAUAGAGCAGCUAUAGCAUGUAAAUGUACAAGGUAGAUUCAUGCACCCGUGACUAAUCAGUGAAUAGAGUAUUGUGCAAAGGGUUUUUACAGUUAGAGAUCUCAUAUAUGGACUGUACAUAUAUUGCUAAUUUUCAUACUCGACAGAAAGAUGAAAUGCUUAUACGGAAAUAAUAGAUUAAAAUAUUUGGUGGCAUGUACAACGGGAGCUUUCGUAUUAGCUAUGUUUUUAUGGAGCGGGCACAUCAAAACAUACGUAGAUGUAUCCACAUAUCAUUCGGGGGUCGAUAAACAGAUUCAUGAACGAACAAAAUGUGAUUGCGAUGAUGGAGUAAAUAAAAGUAAGACAUUCAAGAAUGUUGAAGUUAAAGCAACCCCAAAUGAUUUUAAAGUGCCUAACAUCGUACAUUACUGCUGGUAUUCUAAUAUGUCCAAGGAAUGGACCUUCACACAAUAUCUAAGCGUUCUCAGUGUUCAUAGGUUCAUUAAACCAUCUAUGAUAUUAUUCCAAACAAAUUAUCCACCUCAUGGUUACUACUGGAAUCGAACGGUAUCAAUACCAGGGCUCACCAUUGUAAAACGAACGCCAACGAAAAAACUUUUCUGGAAGAGACUUAAUUUCCCUUAUGAGACAACUGCCUGUAAUUUAGAUCGUCUGCUUUUUCUCAACACAACAGGAGGAAUGGUACUCGAUACAGACGUAAUUGCAGUUCGAUCGUUUGACCCACUACGGAAAUAUAGUGCCACUAUGGGUUCUCAAAACAGGAGAUAUUUCUAUGACCUCUGCGGAGGAAUAAUAAUCGCAGAACCCGGUUCUACUUUCAUUAAAUUAUGGAUUAAUAGUUUUAUUGAUGAUUAUCGCCCGGACAUAUGGGCGUUCAACAGUGGGCGACAACCGGCAUACAUCGGGGUUUUCCGCUUCCCCGAGAGUCUUCAUAUAGAAAGGACUUCCCUAAAUCUUCCAGGUUGGGAGCACACCGAACAAAUAUUCGCCCAGAAAUAUGAUUGGACAAAUAACUAUGCUAUUCAUCUGUUUCUUCGAAAGUGGAAACAACACAAGGACUAUAAACCUAUACCAACAGAAAUGGGGGUAGGGACUGCAAAUACCACUUUUGGUGAAAUUGCUCGAUUAGUUCUGUACGGUUCAACAGAUCUUUUUAAAGAUGGCGCAAAGCGCCCGGAUGUUGUACUUUAAAAGAUGUAACAUGUGUUUAUUUAAAAAAAUUUGACCCGAAACAUUUUGUAGGGCUUCAAUUAAUGGAUUAUUUUGGGCAUUUUUGGGCAUUUCUGCGUUUUUCUGACUUGAAAUGUGGGCCCCUUUCUAGCUUCUUGAUCUGUCAGUGAAUGUUUGUCAAUGGAACUAAAAAUCUAACUGUAAGUCGAUAUCUGUAGAACAAAAUUCAACAACAUUUUGUAUUGUUUAAGAAUAUUUUAUUUUGAAUAUCAUGAAUGACAAUAUCAUUAUACGAGUAAUAUAAAGAUUUUAAUAUAAGUUAUAUUGGGAUCGAAAGCUGUACAUAGUCUUAUGUUUUAUUGCGUGACAGUUGAAAGCGCGUGGUAAGGUAA